AUGGCAGUCGCCACAUACUGCUCCGUAGUUCUUCUUGGUUAUUCUUGGUUCUCGGUCUCCCUCGGCUGCUCCGGAAACAUCAGUGCAAAAUCAGCGUCUGAAGAUGGCUACCAAGAGAGCAAGAAUGCUAUUGGUAUGGAAACAAGUGGGUACAGUGGCUAA